UUCCCAGAGGCUAUUAUCCCCCCACUGCUACUAUAGGCACCAUAUCACCCUACUAGCCCCUAUAUAUACCCCACAGCCACAGCCCUGUGUGCCCUCUGUGUAUAAUGCCAUGGUGCCAAGCUCCUUGGAGCCCCAGAGGUUGCUGCUGGAAGGUGGGCAUGAGAAGGUUCCCUGUGACUCUCAGAGAGGCAGCAGCUCUGUGUCUGGUUAAACCCUCCCCUAACCAUGGAUAUCUGCUCAUUUUCCCUUGUAGCACGGUGGGCUCAGCGUCUAAUCGCAGAGGAAGGCUGCGAUAGGAAAUGUAUAUCAAACCCACUCUCCCCAGUGCCCAGGCAGAGACCUCUUAUAGUCGCAGCUACUAAUCAGCUCAGUGCAAGGGGAACCUUAUGGGUGUUUAAAUGAGAGGUAGAAGAGACCAGGGCACCCCGGUAUCCGGCUUCCCUAAGGGCCAGCCCAGGCAGACUGGUUCCGACCCGGCCAUGCAGCAUGUUUAGCCCCAGAAUGCCCCAGCCAUGGAGCUGUGGGGGGCGAUUGGCUGCCUCUGGCUGGGGGUGCUGAUGCUGGCGGCGUUGCUGUCCAACGUUGUGGUGCUGAUCUGCUUCCUCGGCUCCGCUGAUAUCCGCAGGCAGGUACCGGGGCUGUUCACUCUCAACCUGACGCUGUGCAACCUGCUACUGAGCGGCAUUAACAUGCCCCUGACCCUGGUGGGGCUGAUACACGGCUCCCAGCCCGGCGGGGAAGGGCUAUGCAGGGCGGCGGGGUUCUUGGAAACUUUCCUGACCAGUAACUCCAUGCUGAGUAUGGCUGCCCUAAGCAUUGACCGCUGGGUGGCUGUAAUCUUCCCGCUCAGCUAUCACUCCAAGAUGCGCUACCAGGACGCGGCGGUCAUUCUGCUUUACUCCUGGAUCCACUCCCUGGCUUUCCCCACUGUGGCUCUGUGUCUGUCCUGGAUCAGCUUCCACCCCAUCUAUGGCUCCUGUACCCUGUACAACAAGAGGCCGGAGGAUGAAGCCUCCUUUCUGGCGUUUAUAGUCCUCUUCCACCUGCUGAGCUUCCUCCUCUCCUUCCUGGUCCUGUGUGUGACUUACCUACAGGUGCUGAAGGUGGCCCGCUCCCACUGCCGGAGGAUCGACGUGAUCACCAUGCAGACUCUGGUGCUCCUGGUGGAUCUGCACCCCAGCGUCAGGCAGAGGUGUCUGGAGGAGCAGAAGAGAAGGAGGCAACGGGCGACCAAAAAGAUCAGCACCUUUAUUGGGACAUUCCUGCUAUGUUUUUCUCCUUAUGUCAUCACUAGGUUAGUGGAGAUCUCCUCCUCGACUCCCAUUAGCUCUCACUGGGGCAUAGUGAGCCGGUGCCUGGCCUACAGCAAAGCUUUGUCUGACCCCUUUGUCUAUUGCCUCUUACGGAACCAGUACAAGAACUGCUGCCGGGACCUGGUGAACAAACUGUUAAAGCGCAGUUCUGCCAAUUCUGCCGCCCAGAGGAUGAACUCGUACGUGGGGAGUUUGGUGCUAACCACUGAGCAAUAAGUUUGGCAACACAACCAAGGAACAUGUAACCAAAAAACGUCACACCGAAAUUUUAUUUACAAAAAAAAAAAAAAGAAGUUUUUGUAUCGUGAUGGUUUCAUGUUCUACAAAAAUCUCAUUCCUGGAAUAUGCCCCCAGCAAGGAAAGCCACAUACAGGAUUUUGUAUUGUUUCGUGGGGAGCUGCAGGGCAUUUAGGGUAAAGCUGCUUGUUACCUGAUACAUGAAUCAGCAUUAAAAGAACGCACACAAAAAAUGAAUAUUUUAAAGGGUAACUAAGGUACUAGAACAGUUGCCUAUUAGCUAUUCAGUGUAUAGAACUGCUGUAUUAGUUCCUGCCUAUAGCAGCCCUAUGAUACUUGUAGUACAUGAAGCCAGAAACCAGAAAAUAGGCAAUGAUCUCCUUGUCUUUAUUAUUGUCCAUUUCACUUCUAUAUCCAGUGGUGUAAGUAUAGAGGCAGCAGAACCCAGAAAAUACUUAACCCCCAUUGGCCACAUGAAUGUGGGUGGCAGGAUGCACAGGGAUCCAUAGUUACACCCAGGCUUGGACUGGGACCCAAACAGCCCCCUAUAGGCCCAAUACAUAGUGAGUGUCUAUAGCAUCUUACAGCAGCCCCUCUGGCAUUUCCCAGAACCCCCAGAUUGCCAGUCCGGCAAUUACUCCCUUAAUGGCUUUCCCAGUGAGCAACAAUGUAGGGAAGUUUUGGACCUCACCUGGAGGUCUUGCUACAGCCAAUAGCAUUAAGCCUGAUAGUGAUGUCCAGGCAUAGGGGGUGCAUUUUUGUUUGGGAGGCUGUGAAUAGGAGAGUGGAUGCUUCUCUAUGGCAGGUUCUCAUAUCAGAGGGAGGCUAAACCUCCCUUAAAGGGAGACUCCACCCAAACACAACUUUUUGAAAAGUAAAAGCAACUUUGUAAUAUACAUCAAUUGAAAAAUAUGCAGCCUUUUAUGUAAUAAUAUGGUUUGGAACAGUUCCCUAAGCCCCGCCCCCUGUUCCCCUGCUGAUCUGGCUGACUACCUUGAGACUCAAAUAAAAUGUAACAGUAGUCGCUUGCCUUCAGCCUUUCUUCAGCCUGCAUCCUCCAUAUCCCACAAUUCCCUGCACACGUGAUAUUAAUAAGGAAAGGAUCAUCCUAGUGCAAUGCAUUGUGGGUUAUGUAGUUCCUGCAUGCUGUCUGUAAGCUGUGGGGAAGUUGUUACAAUUUGCAACAUCAAUGUUUUAGUCCCUCCUCCCCUGCCAGGAUUUCAAAUGAUGCAGAAAGAGAAGCACUGUUUUGCAGCUGGAUUCAGCAUAUAAAAAUGAUAUAUUAUAAAGGUAUAUUAGCGGUUUCCGUGCUGUGUGGGGGCUCUUUAUCUAAUUUUGGUUCAGAAGGUUCGAAGUUCCCCUUUAACCGUCAGCCUAUGGGGCAAAGUGUACAAACAUCAGCAUGUUCUGUGCCCCAGUCCUGUGAGAUAUUUCAUUGGCUGCAGAGUUCUGCCCAUGAGACGGCGUACUUUCCCUUGUUGCAGCCUGAAGCACAAAAAUAAAGCCAAGAAGCCAAGUCUCAGUCUUUAAAUGGAAUCAUUUCUGCUGAUUGUUAAAUAGCGACAGGGGACUCACCUACCUAAUGUGCGUACAGUCAUCAUAAAGAAAAGAUGAAAUGGAACAUUGAGAUCUGCAAUAAUUCCGUAAUAAUUCCCACGAAAUGCUGCUGUUUCCUUAUUUAUGGAGUGUGAGACUUAAACUCACAGAAGACGCUGCUAAUGAUUCUGAUUUAGGGACAAUGGGGAGUUGGGAAAUAUAUUUUUAGGUUACCAUAGGAACAAGAACGAGGUAAUAAAAAAAAAAAUGGCACCGGAGGUACCGGCAAGACUUUGGGGUGUCAGGUGUAAGAGUUACAGUUGCACAAGAGAUUCAGUUUCUGCUUAUCUGAUGCGCCACAGUGACUGGGUCCGGUGUCAGGGAUGUGCGGGAAUGAUUACAAUCUGUCCAAAUAUCAAAGCAUUAAAUGAAAAAUAAAACCAGUGUUAUUGA